UUUUAUAAACAUCAAAAUUUUGUAUACAUGUGACUGACCGGAAAACUAAGUGAAACUAGGACCCAAGACCGGACAUAACAAUUAACUUUGGGUAUCGAUUUGUGUCGGGAUCGGUUCACCAUACAAGCACAAGACCGAGGAAGUUCUUCAAAGUUCAAAUCUUUAUGGUAAAUUCAGCUCCAAAGUUAGUUUCAAAGAGAAACCAGUGAUUUCAGUCAAUUGUGCAGAUACCCACAAAUGAAAUCAAUCUCCAAUUGCAAUCCGAAAUGUAUUCCUGCUAUCGCUGCUGUUACAGUACAGUCGUUGCUGCAUAUUCAUCAUCAAGCACAUCCCAGUCCCCUCCAACCGACCUUACCUAACACCCGGCUUGAUGAUUUCACUGCCGCCUGCUACCGCAGAGACCUCCCGGCUGCCAUGAAAGCUCUGAGCUUCAUGCAAAAGCACGAAAUUUGGGCUGAUUCUGUAACAUAUUCCGAGCUCAUCAAGUGCUGUUUGGCUCGAGGCGCGGUUCGAGAAGGAAAACUAGUCCAUAAACACGUUUUCUCCGCUGGAUACCAGCCAAAAACUUUCUUGAUUAAUACCCUUAUCAAUAUGUACGUUAAGUUUAACUUAUUGGAUGAAGCACGGAAACUGUUCGAUGAAAUGCCUGAGAGAAAUGUAGUCUCUUGGACCACCAUGAUAGCUGCUUUUUCUAAUGCGGGAAUAAAAGACGAGGCCCUGAAGUUCUUGAUUUUUAUGCUGAGAAACGGUGUUCGUCCUAAUAUGUUCACUUAUUCUUCUAUUUUGCAAGCCUGCAGUGGUUUACCGAGCCUCAGGCAGAUCCAUUGCAGCAUAACUAAAGCCGGUUUGGACUCUGAUGUGUUCGUAAGAAGUGCACUCAUCGAUAACUACUCCAAGUGGGGCGAACUGUCAAACGCGUUAACCGUUUUUAACGAGAUGGAGACACAAGAUUUGAUAGUUUGGAACUCAGUAAUCGGUGCCUUUGCUCAGAAUAGUGACGGAGAUGAAGCUUUGAACCUCUUCAAACGAAUGAAACGAUGUGGGUUUUUGGCCGAUCAGGCGACAUUAACUAGCGUUUUGAGAGCUUGCACUGGGUUGGCCCUGUUGGAACUCGGAAGACAAGUGCAUGUUCAUGUGUUGAAGUACCACCGAGACUUGAUUCUCAGCAACGCGCUUCUUGACAUGUACUGCAAGUGCGGUAGCAUGGAGGAUGCACGGUUUGAGUUUACGAGAAUGGUGCACAAGGAUGUGAUCUCUUGGAGCACCAUGAUAAUCGGUCUCGCUCAAAACGGUUUCAGUCAUGAAGCAAUAGAAAUGUUCGAGAAAAUGACAAGCUCGUGCACCAAACCUAACUACAUAACAAUGGUCGGUGUACUAUUUGCUUGUAGCCACGCGGGAUUCGUAGAUAAGGGACGAUCAUACUUUCAAUCAAUGGAAAACGUUUACGGCGUUAAACCAGGUAGAGAGCACUACGGUUGCAUGGUCGAUCUACUCGGAAGAGCAGGGAAGCUUAACGAGGCUGUCGAGUUAAUACACAACAUGGAACCGGAACCGGAUGCUGUGACAUGGAGAACUUUGCUUGGUGCGUGUAGGAUUCACCACAACAUGGAUCUAGCUGCGUAUGCCGCUAAACGCGUACUAGAUCUCGACCCGGAUGACGCAGGAACUUACAUUCUGUUAUCAAAUAUUUACGUGAAUACUCACCGGUGGGACGAUGCCGAACAAGUGAGGAAGAUCAUGAAAAGCAACAACGUGAGGAAGGAACCGGGGUGUAGCUGGAUAGAAGUAGAUAAACAGAUUCACGCGUUUGUAUUACGGGACAAUUCACAUCCUGACAUAGAUGAGAUCACACGGAGGUUGAUCCAGUAUGUUAAGAGAUUACGGGAAGUGGGUUACGUUCCGGAUACGAGUUUCGUGUUGCAUGAUGUUGAAGGGGAACAAAUGGAAGAUCCGUUGUUGUACCACAGUGAAAAGCUGGCAAUUGUAUAUGGCCUGAUGGCUUUAACAAAGGGAAAGACCGUAAGGAUCAGGAAAAACCUUAGAAUCUGCGGUGACUGCCAUCUGUUUGCGAAACUUUUGGCGCAAAUGGAGGGCCGCAACAUAGUUAUCCGAGAUCCAAUUCGUUACCAUCACUUUCAAGGAGGAGUUUGCUCCUGUGGAGAUUAUUGGUAGCAGUUUUUUUCAAAAGUUGGCUAUUUAAAAGGUUAAUAAAAGCAAAUUCUUAUAUGGUGAAAUUGAAAGGCUCAAAACCGUUAAAAAAAUGCUUCUUUUAAUAAUGCAAUGAAGAGAUGAAAAAAGAAUGAAAUAGGCAUAGAUGAGAGUUAGUUUGUCUGUAUCUUCUUUCUGCUUGCAGAGGUUUAUGCUACACGUGACGAAAAUGGUGGGUAUAUACCAAAACAGCGAUACUAUCAAGUGGAGCUGGAACACAAGGUUUUGGAUAGUUUUUCAGUUUUCAUGUUGUAUUUUUUUAUGGUUUUAUAUAAUCAUUUUUCCUUCUUUAUAUGUGAAUUGCAUGAAUAAACUGGUGCAUGUAUCAAUUGUAUAUGAUUUAAUUAAUGUUCUUUUUGUUUAGCAAAUGGGAGUUGUAAUAGAAAACC